UGACUGCGGAGCGUUGAGUUGAGUUCUCCUGCUGAAUGAGACGCGACCAAAAACAGACGAAUGAAUGCAUGAGCGCUGUUGCCCACGAAGCGACGUGCUGCUCACAUAUGAGGGCAUCGCAGGCCGGCUGUGUGAGGGACCUGGUGCCAACCUGAUCAAACCCUGACUGAGCACGUGCCUCUAACUGUCUAACAAGAAACAUGACAGCUAUCAACGCACCUCGGGACAAAUACCAUGCAGUAUGGAUCAUUUUCUUCAUCCUGGGCUUGGGAACCCUCUUACCGUGGAAUUUCUUCAUGACGGCGACCAUGUACUUCACAAGUAGGCUGAGGGACUCACCCACCGACCCCUCCUCCAGUCCUGCGGCAAAUGAGACUUUGGAGGGCGUAGACACUCGCAAUGUGCUGGAGUCCAAGUUUAACAACGUGAUGACGCUCUGCGCCAUGGUUCCUCUGCUCAUCUUCACCUGCCUCAACUCCUUCAUACACCAGAGGAUUCCUCAGAAGCUUCGGAUCACCGGCAGUCUGGUGGUCAUCCUGGUGGUGUUCCUAUUGACGGCGGUGUUCGUCAAGGUGGACGUGGCCCCGCUGUCCUUCUUCACCAUCACUAUGAUCAAAAUUAUCUGCAUCAACUCGUUCGGGGCCAUCCUUCAGGGCAGUCUGUUCGGCCUGGCUGGGAUACUGCCUGCCUCCUACACCACGCCCAUCAUGAGUGGACAGGGGCUGGCCGGCACCUUCGCCGCUUUCUCCAUGAUCUGCGCACUGGCCUCUGGAUCGGCCCUGCAGGACAGCGCUUUUGGUUACUUCAUCACAGCCUGUGUUGUUAUUCUGCUGGCCAUAGUGGCCUACAUCAUUCUGCCCAGGAUGGAGUUUUUCCAGUACUACAUGGAGAGUAAUGGAUCCAGACCCACUGGUGAUGAGGAGAACAAUAUGGACUUACUCAAAAAAGCAGAUAGUGCAGCAGAGAAGCGACCGGUGGUGAGUCUGAUGGAGGACGAGGCCAAACCCACAGUGUCUGUGUUGAACAUCUUCAAACAGAUCUGGGUGAUGGCACUGUCGGUGUGCUUCAUCUUCACCGUCACCAUUGGAACAUUCCCAGCCGUAACAGUGGAGGUCAAGUCGACGGUGGCAGACGGAGGCGCCUGGGAAACUUACUUCAUCCCCGUGUCAUGUUUCCUCCUCUUCAACUUGAUGGACUGGGCUGGCAGGAGUCUGACGGCCGUCUGUAUGUGGCCGGGUAAAGACAGCAUGUGGCUUCCUGUCCUGGUGGGCCUGCGGCUCGUCUUCAUCCCUCUCUUCAUGCUGUGUAACGUCCAGCCUCGUCACUACCUCCCCGUGCUGUUCGGCCACGACGCCUGGUACAUCAUCUUCAUGAUCUUCUUCUCCUUCUCCAACGGAUACCUGGCCAGUCUCUGCAUGUGCUUUGGACCCAAGAAGGUACCACAGCACGAGGCAGAGACGGCGGGGGCCAUCAUGGCCUUCUUCUUGUCCCUUGGCUUGGCGCUGGGCGCCGCAGUCUCCUUCGCUUUCCGGGCCAUGAUCUAAAACCUCCGGCAGAGACCCUUCAGUAGAUGUAGAUUAGACCACGCCGCCCUCCAACACUCUGCCUGUCUUCACUCAUCAACAAUCUCCGACUGAGUGGAGUCAGCACAGAAGACUAGAGGACCUCAGCCUUCUCAAGUGUACAGUAGAGACUCGUCUCAUCCAGCCAUCUCGGCAACAGUAUAAGCUGAAACACGUUACUGAACAUUUGUUUUCCUCCAAACUCAGCAGCAGCACAGUGUGAGAACUCGACGCCAUCGAUCAAACGGGUUGUUUCUCUGAGACAACUUCAACUCGACGAGCAAAUCAAAACCAAAAGUGUAGAGAAAUCCGUUGUAGUGGACUCGUCACGUAGAAGACGGCAGAAAUUCUUUCCCCAGAUAUCACAAAUGUUGAGCCCACAGUAAAGAAGACGGCCUGUACGCGUAGUAUCCCAGAGCGUCAUUCAUAAAACCGCACAGAAUGAUAACAUGUCGGAUUGCAGUAUUUUUUAAUGUGAAGUUAUACAUUUCUUACACUUUCUUUGAAACCAUCACAUUCUUUAGAAAUCAUAUAUAUGAAGUCAUGAUGGUUUGUAAAUAGACACUUUUGUUGUUUUUUAUUAAUGAGGCUCUUUGGUCCUGGUGUUCGGCUCUUCUACAUAAACCGGUAAAUGUCACCCAUCAGGUUGUAAACUGUGAUCCUCAACGGGACUUUUUUUUUAUGAUUUCACUCUGGACUUUUGCAGCUUUUUAUCAAACCAAAUACAUGAAGACAACAUGGGAAAAUGAUGAACUUUGAAGGGAGGUCACGACCCAUCAAACGGCGAAUUAAUGCGCAGUGCGUUUAAACCGCUUCGCUACCUCGCUCUACUUUCAGUGUCGACGCGGGUCACUUUGUGUUUGUAAAACUUUCUCACAACGAAUCAGUAAAUUCACAAAUAAUGUAAGGACGGACUGAAUCCUGAAGACGAGGUUCUAAUCAACAAUCUGGGCCACUAACUGCUGAAUAUUCAUUGUCUUAGAGAGCAGCUGUUUGUCUGUUUUGUAGUUUUAGAUGAAGUUAUAACAGCGUGGGUCUAUUUGAUUUGAUUUUCUUUCUAGAUUUUCAGCCCACAAGUUGAAGUUUUUACUGUUUCUGUGUCUUCCUGAUAAACAGAUUUCGCCACAACGUAUUUUUGAACGCAGCAAAAAGAAAAAUACUCAGCCGUCAGUGACGUGAAAUGUGCCAUUUGUGAGUGAGAUUUGGAGACUUUUUAAUCUCAUUCUUCGGCUUUCUCGAGCUCGUGACAUUUCUCAUGUUUUCAUGGAAGAUAAGUUUUGUAUCAGAAGUAGUUUGUAGUUAGUUUUGUCGUUCUGAAUGAGGAGGAGAUAAAAACCCGUCAGUGUUCUAUUUUUGUGGCCUUUUUUGAUGCUUUUUUAAAAAGUUUAGUUGUACACUAUUAUUCAUAACACCAGCUGUAUACAUCUUAACUGCCUGUUUGUUUAAAAGCACAACGUUGGUCUAUUCUUCCGUACUUUGUGUUUUGGUCGGUAUGGGAAUCAUGGACCAUUAAAAUGUUACUUAUAUUGCAGCUUAAAACAGUUCGGUGGUAAAAUAAAAUUGUAUUUUUAAGAA